AUGAUGAAAAAUCGGGAACUCACUGUUUGGAUAACAGAACAAAGAACCAACUACGAACAAAGAACCAACUACUUGUACUAUCAGCCUGGAAUUACAAAGGUUGUCGUGUGGUCGGAUGGCAUUCUUGUCAAUGCAGUGCAAUUCCACGCUGAAGCAGGCUUUGUGACUCAGAUAUAUGGAAUUCCAGUCAAAGAUUACAAGCCAACCGAGUUUGAAGCUGGCCCCGGUUUCCGUUUGGCAGGUAUCCAUGGGAGAUUUGGUGAUUCCAUUGACAAGCUGGGCUUCUCCUUUGCCACAUGCGACAAAACCACGAAGGAGACAGACACAGCGGAUUCGAUGGUUGAAUUCCUCACUACGCACUAG